AUGGAACAUCAUCAAAUUUUUGGUGACUUAGAAUGCCAAUCCAGUGAGCAUCAUGUCUGCUCGCCCCUGGCCGGCCAUUCGCUCGCCGGCUAUUCCCAGCAAUACCAGUCCCAGGACGGGCACGGUUCGUACGCCUACGGUUACGCUGAUCCCAACUCGCAGAAGACGGAGCACAGGUCGCACGACGGCACGACACACGGGGAGUACUCGUACGUCGACGGGGAUGGAAAAUUGCAAGCGGUCAAAUAUGUUGCAGAUCAUGCAGGAUUCCAUGUGGCUGGAACAAACCUGCCCCAGGCUCCCCAACAACACGGAGGUUACCACACUGGCGCUGCCCUUGUUCACAGUGGCGGUCAUGGUUUAUACCAUGGUCCACAUGCAGCCAUAGGACAUGAUGGUCAUCCAAUCGAAACCCCAGAAGUCCAGGCAGCCAAACACGCCCAUUUCAAAGCCCAUGCUGAAGCAGCAGCCGCAGCACACUAUGGUCCUCACCAGUACCAAGCCUAUGCACCACAUUACGCAGGAGCAGGAUUCGGAGGCCACUACCAGCACGCAGUUGCUUAA